CCGAACCCCCUAGAACCUUUCUGCAAUGGCCAUCGCAUCCGCCCUACGCCGCGCCCCCAGGGCGGCGGCGGCCGCGCGCGCCCUCUUCGUCGCCCUGGGCAGCCCGCGCAGCGGACGCGUCGGCCCUCCCCACCCUCGCGCGGCGCCCGUCGCCCCACUCUCAUCCCUCUCCGCCCCGCAGCCGAGCGCCGUCGCCGACGCCCAACUCCUCCGGGUCAUAACCUACGAGAUCUCCCGCGCCCAGCUCGACUGCAGGAACCGCAACUGGGCGAAGGAACUAGGGGAAGGCUUCCCCUUCGAGAUCAGAGACAAGGAGGGCACCAACAGGAUAACGCUCACGAGGACCCAUCAGGACGAGCAGAUCGAGGUGGAGGUGCUCCUGCCCAGCCCCGUCGACGGAGCUGCGCAAGACGACGGCGAGCGGGAAGAGGAUGACCAAGCUGAAGACGGCAAGAAACAGGGCCACGCCGGUGGCGAUGUCCCAAAUAGGUACUGCAUCCCGCUCACUGUGAGGAUUCGCAAAGGGGCGGCGGCUUCAUGCUUGGAGAUCAGCUGCCGCUCCUACCCCACGGGGUUCGUCGUCGAGAGGUUGGAGUUUGAAUCUGCUGGUGGAACUGCUUUCAGUGACAUUCCUGGGGAGCUUCCGAAGGCUUUGCAUCUCUACUUGGGAAGUAGGGGCAUCUCGACACAUUUUACCGACUUCAUGCAUGCGUACAUGAUAACCAAGGAGUGCCAUGAGUACUUGUCCUGGUUGAGAAAACUCAAAGGUCUGGUGAAGGGUUGAAUGGAGUGGAAGUUCAGGUUUC